AUGCUGCCACAAAUGUGUCGAGAGAGCGAAAAAGACGCUUUCCUUGACUGCUUGCUGUCGGCUGUUCGCGUUUUGUUGCGUCACGGUGUCACAACUGUCAUAGGCAACCUCAACGCGAAGGUGGGUUCAGAGAAUAGCACAUGGCCAAGCGUACUCGGCCGUUACGGUAUUGACAGCGUGAACGACAAUGGCAUUAACAGCGUCUGUUUAGUUAUCGAGCAAUAA